CUAAUUUCAAAUUGGGGUAUUUAUAUUCUUGACUCUUCAGUUGCCUCCAACACUUGAAGUUCUCAAGAGUUGUAGUCCAAAUGGCCAAUGCAAACAAUAUUACUUCCAGGACAAGCUCGGAAGAUCAAGAGCACACAAAAUUUGUACUACGAUUUGGGUUUCUCAUUUCAUCUAUAAUAGCUGUCUGCCUCGAUGUUUUGUUCUUCUACAUCUACUACAUAGACGAUCAAAGAAAAUGCUUCGCCGUGGACAAAAAGAUAAAGAACGCAGCCAUUGGGGCCAGGACAGUGACGGACUUCAUCCUUCUACUCGAAGUCGCCUACAAGGUCUACUCAAGUUCAAUACUUGAAUUAUGUCCCAAUUCUAAAACGAAUGUGGCUCCUCUGACUUUCUUCGGACGCCUUGCUGAUGUUAGCAAAAGGGUACCAUGGAUGAGUGUUAUUGUCGACUUUUUGGCUCUGCUUCCCCUUCCACAGAUUAUCCUUGUGGUAGUCUUUACAAGUAGGAAAAGUAUCAAAUAUUUAAAAAACAGUUGGCGACUCAUCUUUCUGCCUCUCUUCCAAUUUGUCCCAAGAAUCAUCCGAAUCUAUGUGUUAUGUAAGAAGCUUUCCAGGAGUGCUGCUCCUAAUGACAUAACAGGAACCGGGCAGUUCAGAGGCACAUUCAAUUUCAUUCUCUUCAUUUUUGCCAGUCAUGUGCUUGGAGCAUUUUGGUACUGCUUCGCAGUUCUAAGAGAACUGUAUUGCUGGCAAAAUGCCUGCAAAUUUGACAGUGGAUGUAGAGUGAAUUCCUUUUUUUGUGAGGAUAUCACGGGCAAUGACUGGUUUGUUGAUAAGUUUUGCCCUAUCAAUCCACCUAAUCCAGCAAUAUUCGAUUUUGGUUUAUUCCUUAGCGCCCAUCAAUCUGGUAUCUCGAGGAUAAAUGGUUUUAAUAAAAAGCUCUUAUACUGCUUCUCUUGGGGGCUACGUACAUUAAGCUCAUUUGGGUCAAACCUGACUACAAGUAGCUAUGUAUGGGAAAACUUCUUCGCGGCUCUCGUUACCAUUAGUGGAAUACUUCUAGUUGUUUAUCUUAUCGGCAACUUGCAGGUAUAUCUACAGUCCUCAACUUUAAGAUCAGAGGAGAAACGGAGAACGAUGCAAAAAAAAGACGCUGAAAUAGACUUAUGGAUAGAUUAUUAUAAAUUCCAGAAGAAGAAGGAAAUCAAAGAGUUUGUGAGAGAAAAGUUUGAGUGGAAAAAUGAUGUAAAUUUGAUAACAUUGCUCGACGUGUUUCCAUCGCCAUUCGCUGAGGAGAUAAAGAAAGAACUUUGCUGGGAUAUCCUAAAGAGGGUUCCAAUGCUUAAAGAAUUUGAAGAGGAGAAAUUAGAAGAGAUGAUGAAGGAUAUGAAGCCAAUAAUUUUUGCAGAGCAGAGCUACAUUAUUCGAGAAGGGGAACCUAUUGAGCAUAUGCUAUUGUUCACGAAAGGUAUGGCACUGACAUUUAGUAAGAGAACUAGAACUAGAACAACUAUUAACACUUUAGGAAAAGGUGAUUUGUUUGGGGAGCAACUAUUGAAUUGGGCAGCAGGAAGUCUUCCUGUAUCUGAAAUUCCUUUGUCCAAAUGUACUCUCAAGACACAGACCCAAAUGGAAGCUUUCGCUCUUAAGGCUAUCGAUCCACAAUACCAUACCAAGUGGGACACAAUUACGUAUAGGUUAAGUUAAAGUUUAAUCUCCGUUGAAUUUUAUAUUUGUGUUCCUAUGUUAUAAACAAAUUUAAAAGGAUCGAUAAAAGUAUUAUGUGCAUCUUGGACAACCCAACAUCUAUCUUUGGACAUCUUAUCAAAUUUUUCAAUCAUAUGUCCACACUUAUAUGGGAUUUUGUUUGCA